GUCAGCCUUUUGUCGUCGGGCUCAGAGCACUUUCGGUUUCAGAAUCUUGUAAAGAGCAUGAAGUGCUCAACUCCAGCCCCAACUCCUGGCGUCUGGCGUGGUGUUCCAGUGCGGACCGACCCUGCAUCAUGGAUUCUCUUUCAAAAGCAAAUGGCACCUUUGCCAUCCAGGUUUUGAAGAUGCUGUGUCAAGACAGACCUUCACAAAAUGUGUUUUUUUCUCCCCUGAGCAUCUCCUCUGCCCUGGCCAUGGUCCUCCUGGGGGCAAAGGGCAACACCAAGGUCCAGAUGGCUCAGGCAAUGUCUUUAAACACAGAGGAAGACAUCCAUAAGGGCUUCCAGAUGCUUCUCACCCAAGUGAACAAGCCUAACUCAAAGUACUUGCUUAGAAUAGCCAACAGGCUCUUUGGAGAGAAGACCUGUGAUUUCCUCUCAACAUUUAAGGAGUCCUGUCUUCAGUUCUACCAUUCGAAGCUGGAGCGGCUGUCCUUUGCCAGAGCUACAGAGAAGUCCAGGAAGCAUAUAAACACCUGGGUCUCAAAAGAGACAAAAGGUAAAAUUCCAGACUUGCUACCAAUGAACUCUAUUGAUAAGCAGGCCAGGCUGGUUCUUGUCAAUGCCAUCUACUUCAAAGGAACAUGGAAUGAGCCAUUUGUCAAAUCAUGCACGUGUGAAAUGCCUUUUAAAAUAAACCAGGAGGAGGAAAGACCCGUGCAGAUGAUGUGUCAGGAAGCCUAUUUUAACAUCGGCUACGUGAAUGAGGUGCAGACACAGGUGUUGGAACUGCCCUACGCCGGCAAGGAACUGAGCAUGAUCAUUCUGCUCCCAGACGAUGGUGUGGAUCUCAGCUCGGUGGAAAAUAACCUGACUUUUGAGAAAUUCAUAGCCUGGACCGAGGCAGCCUCUUUGCAGAAUACUGAAGUGGAAGUUCUCCUUCCGAGAUUUAAACUGCAGGAGGAUUAUGAAAUGAAGUCUGUGCUUCAGCGUUUGGGAAUGGUCGAUGCCUUUCAACGGGGCCAGGCUGACUUGUCUGCCAUGUCAACUGAGACAGACCUGUGUCUGUCCAAGGUUGUGCACAAGAGUGUCAUGGAGGUGAAUGAAGAAGGCACUGAGGCUGUGGCAGCCACGGGCAUAGUCAUUGUGGCAGACUGCUCAGCAUGUAUACCAACGUUCCGUGCUGACCACCCCUUCCUUUUCUUCAUCAGGCAUAACCAAACCAACACUGUUCUGUUCUGUGGCAGGUUCUCAUCUCCCUAAGAGUUGUACUUCCUCUGUGUGGAGAGUUGUUCUCUUUCCAUGUCCCCAAGUUUCCUCUACAGUUUAUAAGGAUGGGCCUUUAGCUGAACAGGUCCUUCUGAACAACUUACCAGUGUGAUCUCAGGAUGCAGCACACUCAGCUGUCCCCAUACUGCCCACUGGUUUGUACCACAGAACCAGGUCAUGGCCAAUAGGCUGUCCUGAUUCCCUGUUGUAUUAGGAUGAGUGCAGUACAGAUGCCAUAGCAUAGCUUGCAAACUUUCCCCUGAUGGCCCCGAACAYAUUUCCCAGUCAUUCCACAUGCAAUGCAAUUCCACCUGCCUUAGCCUGAAUGCCACAGUAGUAAUAAAUGCUGGUCUACUAUUACUACUAUUCUAGUUUAAACAAAAAAACUUUAAUGCACAUUUUAAUUUUAUCUUUCUUUGGCUUUCACCAUUCACCUGGUAUAUGCUAAGCACUGAAUUAGACACUGGGGAUACAAGGGGAUAGAGUCAUGGUCCUUUGACCCCUGCUUUUUUUAUGUGGGUUCCCAAUUCAUAUAGUGUUUAUGACAACCAGAUUGGAUGGUUGUAUAACUUUGAACUACUCUGUGAUCUUCUUGCAGCCAGGACACCUUGCCUCAUGGUAUUGUAUUGCUCUACCUCCUACCCCAAUAGUCAAAUGACAUUCAGCCCUUAAAGUUAAAACAGUUCAAAUGUCACCUUCUUCAAGACAUUUUCCUAUUCUCCAUAAUCAGGUAUACAUCUUUGAACUUUCACAAUAACUGCCCAUGGUAGUUGCAUUAUUUAUUUAUUAAUUGUCUGUCUUCUUAGUUAUGACUAGCCUUAAACUCGCCAAGGCUUAUGAUUAUGUCCUGCAUGUGUUCAUGCUACUUAUAGUGCAAUAAUAAAUAAUUUGAGCAUAUAAGACCUCUGUAAUGUGUAUUUUUUAAGUGGCUGAAUAGCAACAACUCUAUUAUUCCUUUUAGAUAUUUUUAUCCCAAUGACACUUGCAUUUACACAGUCCAAUGCCAUCAAAAUACGUUGUGCAAAAGUAUUGUGCAAACAUGAGUUUUACUGUCACCCCAAUUUUCAUUGCCUCAAAGAAAAACCCAUAUCCACUAAACAGUAAAUCUUUAUCCUUACCUUCCUCCAGCCACUGACAACCAUGAAUCUGCUUUUUGUGUCCAUGGAUUUACCUGUUCUGCAUAUUUCAUGUAAAUUGAAUCAURAAAUAUAUUACCUUUUGUGUCUGGCUUCUUCAUUUAGUGUGAUAUGUUCUAGGUUGAGUCAUUUUGUAGCAUGUAUCUGUAUUUUAAUCCUUUUUAUGACUGAAUAAUAUUCCAGUACCUGAAUAUGACACAAUUGUUUUAUUCACUCAUCCAGUGGUGGGAAUUUGGAUUUUUGCCCCCUUGUGGUUGUUUUAAUAGU